CCUCCGCCCGAUCUGCUGCCCGCCAGGAGGGACAGAAGGACCAGAGCUCAGCAUGUCGGACCAGUCGGCGUUUGACACGGACGUAUGGACCCUGACGCGGUUCGUCAUAGAGACGGGCCGCCAGGCUAAGGGGGCGACCGGUGAGCUGACCCAGCUCAUCAAUGCCAUUCUGACCGCCAUCAAAGCCAUUUCCUCUGCUGUGCGCAAGGCAGGCCUGGCCCACCUGCAGGGCUUGGCUGGCUCAGUGAACGUGACGGGGGACGAUGUGAAGAAGCUGGACGUGCUGUCCAACGACCUGUUCAUCAACAUGCUGCAGGCCUCCUACAGCACCUGCUGCAUGGUGUCAGAGGAGAACAAGGAGCUCAUCAUCACCCCCAAGGACAAGAGGGGAAAGUACGUGGUGUGUUUUGACCCUCUGGACGGUUCCAGUAACAUCGACUGCUUGGCUUCCAUUGGCACCAUAUUUGCCAUCUACAAACGGGUAUCAGAGGGGGAGCCCACAGAGAAAGAUGCCCUGCAGCCAGGGAACAACAUCGUGUGUGCGGGCUACACCCUCUACGGCAGCGCCACCCUGGUGGCCCUCAGCACCGGCGCUGGCCUCAACUUCUUCAUGUUGGACCCUGCCAUCGGUGAGUUCAUCCUGACUGAGAGGAACGUGAGGAUCAAGCAGAAGGGGAAGAUCUACAGUCUUAACGAGGGCUACGCCAAGUACUUCCACCCCUCUAUCAACGAGUACCUCAAGCACAAGAAGUACCCAGAGGAUGGCAGCUCCCCCUACGGAGCUCGUUAUGUGGGCUCCAUGGUCUCAGAUGUUCACCGCACCAUCGCCUAUGGAGGGAUCUUCAUGUACCCCGCCAACGAGAAGAGCCCCAAAGGAAAGCUGAGGCUGCUGUACGAGUGCAACCCCAUCGCUUUCCUCAUCGAGCAGGCGGGAGGCCUCGCCACCACGGGCACGCAGAGGAUCCUGGACGUUCAGCCCGAAGCGCUCCACCAGCGGGUGCCCUUCGUGGUCGGCUCCCCUGACGACGUCAAUGAGUACCUGUCCUUUGUCAAGAAGCACCAGUGAAGCUGCGGCAGCUGCAUUCACGUCAGGAUCUCUCAAUAUUUCUGCAUAGUUCUGGUUAUCUUUGCAUCUCUGUGUAACAAGAAAUUUUGCAAUUACUCUAAAUGUUUGAGUUGUAAAGUAUCAUUCUAUGAUCUGUCAUUGAGAGAUUUGACAUUUGAUAUUUAGUAAUAUCUGAUCCCUCAGGAAUAAUGGCUCCACAGAGAAACAAAAUCUUUUAUAAAUCAAUUGUGAUCAUCAGAAAACGAAACAUCACAAAUA